AUGUGAUUACUCUGUGUGGCUGCUUCCUUUCUGUCCUCACAACUCUUGUAAUCAGACUGGUGUGCUGUGAGGCAGCCACUGGGGCUGAGACCUCAGUCCUGCCCCAGGUGCAUAAGCAAACAUGGACUUACGAUGGACAUUUCUCCUGGUCCUCAUGCUUCUGCUGGCAGUGACAGAGCAGGAAGAGCCAGACCUGCAUGUCUCUGGAGAACCUUCAGAAACAGACGGAUGCCAGCAGCCCCAGUGGGACUCAAGGCUCCACUUUACCCCAAACCAGAACUUCUAUGGGCUCAAUGAAGAGGUGACACUGAGCUGCUUUGUGGAAGACUCCCCUCCCCUUGCUGUGAUCAGAUGUGCAAAAGGGAUGACUCCAGGUUGGAAGAAUGCUUGGGAGGUGAAGGACAAUAAGGACAUGUGGCAUGAGGUGUCAGAGAACCUCACCUGCACCACAGGAAGGUGCCCAGAACCCCAGUGGGAUGAACGACUUCGGUUUUCAUCAAACAGAAGAAAUUACCGACAGAAUGAAGAGCUGAACCUGACCUGUCUGGGAGCUCUGAAGCCAUCCUUGCCCAAGGUCAAAUGUGCAAAGCAAUUUCUAACAGUGAAGUAUGGAGAACCAGUCUAUGGAGAAACCUGGUGGGGCAGGAACAGCACAGGUGCCUGGAUACCCAUUGAGAGGGCCCUAGAGUGUAUUGAAAUGUGCCAAAGACCCCAGUGGGACACAAGGCUGGAGCUAACCCCAGAUCAGGAGAAUUACAAGAAGAACGAAGAAGUGAUGCUGAGAUGCCCUGAGGGUUUACAGCUGUCCUUCACCAAAAUCAAAUGUUCAGUCGUAGUCCGGCACGACAGUAAUGGGAAAGCUGUAUACAAAGAAUUUUGGUAUGGAAUGGACAUGCAUGGUGGGAUCUCCAUUCAAUCCAAUGUGGAAUGCCUCGAAACAUGUCAGAAGCCCCAGUGGGACACAAAACUCCAGCUGUUACCAAGCCAGUGGAUCUACAAGAAGAAUGAAGAAGUGAUGCUGAGAUGCACGGCAGGUUUCCAGCCAUCCUUCACCAAAAUCAAAUGUUCAAGUGAAGACCAGCACAACAGUUCGGAGAAACCUGUAUACAGAGGAGUUUGGCUUGGAAUGGAGAGCAGAGGUGGCUGGAUCCCCAUUCAGUACGGCGUGGAGUGCCUCGAAACGUGCCAAAGGCCCCAGUGGGACGCCAGACUCCGGCUGGUACCAGACCAGGAGAAUUAUAAGAAGAAUGACCAAGUGACACUAAGCUGCCCUCAGGGUUUCCAGCCAUCUGUCACCAGAAUCAAAUGUUCAAGCAACGUCCAGCCCAUCAGCUCUUGGAAUCCUCCACACAGAGGAGAUUGGAGUGUAUGGGACAGCAGAGGUGUCUGGAUCCACGUUGCGUCCAGUGUGAAGUGCAUCGAAAUGUGCCAAAGGCCCCAGUGGGACAUUAGACUCCAGCUGGUACCAGACCAGGAGAAUUAUGAGAAGAACAAACAAGUGAUGCUGAGCUGCCCUGAGGGCUUCCAGACACCCUUCACCCAUGUCACAUGUAGAGGGGCAGGCCAGCCCGUCAGUAAUAGGCAGCCUGUGUACACAGACCAAUGGUUUGGUUGGGACAGCAGAGGUACCAGGACCCGCAUUCGGUACAGCGUGCAGUGCAUCGACAUCCUCCAGGUUGUCCCUGGGACCCUGGAGAUUUCCAGCACCAGCAUCAAACUGAACUGGACCUGCAGUGUCCCUGACGUGUGCCAGCGCAUGCGGGCCAGGUGCCGUUUGGCAGGACCUUUGUCCUCUCCCUGUGAGGCUGAAGAGGUGAAGGGAGAAGAGACACUGCAGGGCCAGGAGGGAACGUUCACCUGUCCCGCUCUGCAGCCCUUCACUGACUACAGUGUCACCAUCUCCCUGCCACCCAACAUGAUCUUGUACACACAGCUCUUCAGGACAAAAGAAACAGUGCCAGACAAACUGGAGAAGCUGUGGCUGGAUCCCAGCACAGGGUUCCUCAGAUGGAAGCCGCUGCCCUCCUGCAAAGGGGAGAUCAUUGGAUACCAGCUGAACAUCACAACAAGUAGCACGCAGGACGGCAGCCUCCUGGAGAUGGAGCGGCUGUGGCUGAAUAGCCCUGUCACUGAGUACCGCCUGCCUGAGCACAGCCCUGGCAGCAGAUAUGUGGUGAUGAUACAGGGACUCACGGCUGCUGGAGCCGGGGCUGCAUCACUGUGGGAGCUUCAGGCCAACAGCUCGGAUACCCCACACCCUCUCGACAUCAGCUGCCACAGCAUCCGUGACAUCUCCCCAUCCCAAGGGACAGCAGUGCUUCCUCUCCACCCCAUCGCCCGUCCCUCUGAAGCAGUGAGGGAGCACCAGCUCAUCGUGGCUGUGAUGGACAAUGUCACGUCAGUGGAAGGUGCCUGUUCAUGGGAGCCGCAGCCCUUCAAUGCCAGCCAGCAGCCUGGUGCUUACGUGGCUGCUGUGCUCAACCUCACGGCCCCCACAGAAUUUGUGUUGGGCAAUGGGACCCACGGGCAGGGUUACCACAACGCUGCCCUUCACCCGGGUUGGGACUACAUGGUCCUUCUCCGUCUAGUCCGCCGCUCACAACAGGCAGAGAAGUUCUCCUGCAUCUGCUACAGCUUCUCUCUUGGGCGGGAACCGGUGCCUCGGCUGGGCAGAAUGUCUGUGCUUCUGGCAGUCUUGCUGGUGGCUGCACUCCUGGUACUGGGGAUUUUGCUGCUCUUCGUGCUUUUCAGGAGAAAGCACAACAGUUCAAAAACCUCAGAGAACAACAGUGUUAUCCCCCUGCGAAAACGUCAAGGAGGUGUGGGCAAGCUGAACACACAGAUCCCAGUGGAGGAACUGCUGGAGGCUCUGAAGAGGUUCAAAAGGGCAGAAAUAGAAUCAGAGCAGACAGAGGAUGAAUCAGUCAACAGGCAUGGCGCUGGGCGUCUGAGAGAGUAUCAGCAACUGUCCUCCACUUUGUUGCACCCCUGCGAUGCUGGGAAGGAGCUGCGUAAUCAGAACAAGAACCGCUACAACAGCAUCAUCCCGUACGAUCACUGCCGCGUGGUGCUACAAAACUCUGACACAGAGAAUGGCUACAUCAAUGCCAGCUACGUGGAUAGCUACCGGAGUCCACACUUCUUCAUUGCAGCUCAAGGCCCCUUGCCUGGCACAGUGGUGGAUUUCUGGCAGAUGGUCUGGCAGGAGAAGACCUCAGUCAUUGUGAUGCUGACGGGCUUAGUGGAGCAGAACAAGACCAAGUGUGAGCAGUACUGGCCAGAGCAGGAGCAGGUAUACGGGGACUUCACUGUGACACUCAACAACACCAGGACCACCACGAGCCUUGUCACACGCGUCUUCUGCCUGCAGAAGGCGGGCUGUGCUCUCCCAAGAGUGGUGGAGCAGUUUCACUACCUGCUGUGGCCAGACCACGGAGUGCCCAGAAACCCUGCCCAGCUCCUGUGCUUAGUGGAGGUGGUGAACAAGAGGGCUUUGGAAGCUCCUGCUGGACCCGUGCUGGUGCACUGCAGCGCAGGGAUUGGGCGCACAGGUACCUUCAUCGCCCUGGACUUCCUCCUGAAGAUGGGGAAAGCUGAGAGGAAGGUGGAUGUGUUUCACUGCAUACAGAAGCUGAGAGAACAGCGGGUCAGCAUGGUGCAGACCAAGGAGCAGUACACCUUCCUGUACGAGGUGCUGCUUGAAGGCUUGCUCUGUGGCAACACCGGGGUCCCAGUGGAGAGCAUCACCAGCCAUGUUCACUGCCUUCGAGAAGCUGAGACCUCAAGGCACAACAGUGUCCUUGAGAAGGAGUUCAAGGCCCUGCAGAAGUUUUCUGAGUUGUUCGAGCUCAUGCCAUGCAGAGAAGCAGAGAAACCCAGCAACCAGCCCAAGAACCGCAAGCCAGGGAUCCUGCCAGCGGAUUCCUGCCGGCCCAUCCUCAUGUCCUCGCUGAAUGCAGAUGGUUCACCAGGUUACAUCAAUGCCGUGUUUGCCAGCACAUACACCAAAGAGGACAGACUCGUCAUCACCCAGCUGCCUUUCCCCACCACGCUGGUGGAUUUUUGGGCUCUGGUCUGGGAUUACACCUGCACAUCGGUGGUUGUGCUGAACCAGCUCCAGGAGCUGGACCAGACAUAUGUGGAGUUCUGGCCCACCCAGGAUGAAGCUGCCUAUGGCCGUUUCCAUGUCCACCUCAUCUCAGAGGAGCCUGGAGAUGGAUUCACAACCUGGACAUUUGCUCUCACCAACAAGCAGCAGCCCAAGAAGUCUGCACUAGAAGUCCAGUUCUGGCAACUGAAGGACUGGCCCAUGCAGCAGCGUCUUCCCCCGCACCCUGCCACCAUCAUCAGCCUGCUAGGGAAGGUGGAGACACACCAUCGGCAGAGACAAGAUGGGCAUAUCCUGGUCACCUGCUGGGACGGUGCCAGCCGGAGUGGAAUCUUCUGUGCUGCUGGUUUCCUGUGUGAACAGAUCCAAAGUGAGGGGCUGGUGGAUGUAUCCCAGGCUGUGAGGAUGCUGAAGAGGCGGCGGAGACAGAUGAUUAAAGAUGUGGAGCAGUAUGGGUUCUGCUACGAACUCGCCCUCAGUUACUUGAAUUCAUUUGAAACAUAUGGGAAUUUCAAGUAGAGGUGUGACCACAGCCCAUCUCCAGCCAGGACUUUGACUCUCUUGACAGCCCUCCAUCAGUAACAGUGGAAACCAGAGGAGAUGAGAGGGGUGUGUGCAGCCCCAAGGUGCUUUACUCCCCUGAAAAAAAGCCAUCCCAAUGGUCUUCUGCAGCUGGAGAGCACAGGCUGGAAUGUCUCCAAAUUGUGAUCACACUUUGAAGUGGGGAUAUGACCCUUUCCUAGAGUUUGCACAAGAACUUACCUGGAAUCACAGCCCAAGCACACAGACCAGAGCAGAGGCAUGAUCAUUUGACCUGUCCCAUCCAGGCUCCCUUGUUGCCUCAAGCAGUCCCAGGGAAAGUGGGGUAGCUCCACCAACACUCAAACUGUGUUUUGCCAGGGAAGCAUCAAAUGGCUGUAAGAUCCAUGGAUCUCAAAGGCACAGGGUAUCUGUCCUACUUUGGGAGAAACAUGAAGCCCAAGGCCAACAAGAGCCAAAGCAGGGACAAUCCACAGCCCUGCAGUACUAGCCUGGUUCUUCCAGCCCACACAAUCCCUUCCUGGAUUUUCAUCUGUCUGAUGCUGAUUCAGGUGCUGCAGCCCUACCAGGUCCAGCGAGGCUCCCUCACUAGUCCCUCUGGCUCCACCAUGACAAUCCCUGGUUGUAGCACCUCAACUCAGACACUCUGGAUGUUGUUCUGGCAGGCUACUUCCCAGAAAAGGGCUGCUGCACCGUGAAUACUGGUUCUGCCUUUUCUGGUCAAGGGUAAAAGGCUUCACAGCCACGACUGACCCCAUGGCACUGUUCUGUGGCUCACCAAUAAAGGCUCUCUUCUG